GCAAAUGGUACAGUUCCACUCCAGUGUCGCAUCGAAUCGAUCUCUGCCAUCGCCGCGCCGACCACGCGAUGCCCUCAGCGACGGCGUGCCCGGUCGCCCCCACCCCGGCGGCGCAGCCGGCCCUCCCCGACGAGCUACUGGAGGACAUCUUCCUCCGCCUCGGCGACGCGGCCGACCUCGCCCGCGCGUCCGCCUCCUGCACUUCCUUCCGCCGCGUCAUCUCCAGUCGCCUUUUCCUCCGUCGCUUCAGGUCCCUCCACCCCCCGCCCGUCCUAGGGUUCCUCUACAGUAGCGGCGGUAACGUUGGAUUCCACGCCGCCCAGCCGCCGCGGCGCUCCGCGCCGGCCGGUCGCGCCUUCGAUGAAGCCGUCGACUUCACCUUCUCCUUCCUCCCCGACCCCAGCUGCUGGCGCGUCGGCGACGUCCGCGAUGGCCGCGUCCUCCUGUCCCGGUACACCGCUACCUGCUUCAUCUUCGAGGACCUUGUGGUCUGCGACCCCUUGCACCGCCGGUACGUCCACAUUCCCCCCAUCUCCGGCGACCUAGCGACUUCUACGGGGCACGGUGGCAUGCAGAAAUUCGAGCCCUUCCUCGCUCCAGCUGGCGACGAGCAGGAGGAGGCGGAAAGGUCACUCCGAGUGAUAUGCAAUGUGAUGUCCAAAUACAAGGUCGUCCCCUUCGUCUACUCUUCAGUCACCGGAAAAUGGGGAUGUGUCACGCCUUUUAGCAUUGUAACCGAUGAAUGGAUGGUAUCCCCUACAUCGUUACAGCACCGCUGUGUGCACAGCUGCUUCUACUGGACGGGUUAUUGCGAGAAAGUUAUGCUCAUGCUUGACGUGCGUGAGAUGAAAUUCUCCGUCAUUGACCUACCACCUGAUAGCAACCAGCGAUACAAAACCAUUGUGGAGGCAGGGGAAGGCAGGAUUGGUUUGUUUGUUCUUGGUGAUCGCGAAUUAGACCUUUACAGUAAGACUUGGAGAGACAAUGGUGUCGGCGCAAAAGAGUGGCGGCACGACAAUGUAAUCCCCUUGCCCAACUGUCACUGGACCAUCGCUGGCGCAGCUGAGGGCUACAUACUCCUACGAGGGAUUCUACGGGACUAUUCCCAGUUCUGGAGCUUUCCUUCUAAGCCAGACGCGCACUAUUUCACACUGGAACUCAAGACAUUGCUAAUUGAGAGGCUCUGCGCGUCGAAAUUCGACAUUUUGCCGGAUUACCUGUAUGCUAGCUUUCCACCACCGUUGUCACCGCCAAGUAUAUGAAAUGAUAUUGUUUUCUUCACUUGUUGGGAAUUUAUUUAUGUUGUUGGUGUGCUGCGUCAUGCUACUUAUUCUCAUAGUGCGCUUUUCUGAUGUUGCAACC